CUUUGAAAUUAAUCCACAACUCUUCAUGACUUGGAUAACCAGAGAGCAAUUGCGGAUUGGAAGCGACUGGACUGGACUCUACGAGAGCCCUGCGAAGAUGAAUUGAAUGCUACUUGCUUAACGAAAUGGCUAACCAUUUCAACGCUUUUGUCUCUCUCUUUCUGGGUCUCACAUUUCCCUGCUCUUGUUCGACAAAAGAAUCGAGCUUUCAUGUAUAAAGCAGACCACUGUCAACGUAUGUUUUCCCUUUUGUCUGUUUAGCUUUGCUCUUUCUUGAUUUCUUGAUUCCUUGAUUCAGUUGUAUCUUUAAUGUUCUUAGAUGCCAUCCUUUAUUUUUUACAUUCUCUUCAUAGCAAUACAACUCCGUUUUCUUAGUAAAGUCGAGUAUUAGGAAAACCUAGGCGUUUUAAUUCCUCUGCUCUGUCAAUACAUAGCCUGAUAUCUUUUUCAUUCACGGAAUUCUUUACCUCUAGAACAGCACGGUUAGGUCUCUGUGGCUCUGUAAUUGUUUUCUACUCAUGGCAACUUUGGUAAAUUCAGUAUCUCCUUUAACCAACCCAUUCCCCGAGGCAGCAAGAAUAGCUUGUGGAUUCUUUUCCCAUAUACCAAAUCUCCAUUCAUUCUCUCUUAACAAAGGAUUUACUAAGGUUUUAGCAUCUACCCAGAUCACAAUUUCCCCCAAAGACUCUGUUGUCUCACUACCCAAUUGGAGAUCCGGUAAGAAUGAUCAUAGAAGUAGAGAAAUUAGGCUGAAUGAUGCAUAUUUCCAUCUGGAAUAUGUGGUUAAGAAGGGACAAAAGCCUGAUGUUGUUCAAGCAACACAGUUGUUGUAUGAUUUGUGCAAGGCAAAUAAGUUGAAGAAGGCGAUAAAAGUGAUGGAAAUGAUGAUUGGGUCUGGUAUGAUUCCUGAUGCUGCUUCUUAUACUUUCUUGGUGAACCAUUUGUGUAAAAGGGGGAACGUAGGGCAUGCAAUGCAGUUAGUGGAGAAAAUGGAAGAAUAUGGUUAUCCAACCAAUACCGUUACCUACAAUUCUCUUGUUAGAGGGCUUUGCAUGCAUGGAAACUUAAAUAAAAGCUUGCAAAUUCUGGAUAGAUUAAUGCAAAAGGGGUUGGUCCCAAAUGCUUUCACUUAUUCAUCUUUGCUGGAAGCAACUUAUAAGGAAAGAGGGGUAAAUGAAGCAAUGAGGCUUUUAGAUGAGAUUAUCACUAAGGGUGGGCAGCCUAAUUUGGUUAGUUACAAUGUUCUCUUAACUGGAUUGUGCAAGGAAGGUAGAAUUGAAGAGGCAAUUCAGUUCUUCAGGGAUUUGCCAUCUAAGGGGUUUAAUCCAAAUGUUGUGAGCUAUAAUAUUAUACUGCGGAGUCUCUGUUAUGAGGGACGAUGGGAGGAGGCAAAUGAGCUUCUAGCUGAAAUGGAUGGUGAUGAACGCUCUCCAUCCAUAGUUACCUAUAAUAUACUAAUUGGUUCCCUCGCCUUUCAUGGCAGGACAGAACAGGCCCUUCAGGUUGUUGAUGAAAUGAUGAAUGGACCAUUUAAGCCUACUGCUACAAGCUAUAAUCCAAUAAUUGCUCGCCUUUGUGAAGAGGGGAAGGUAGAUAUUGUGGUUAAGUGCCUUGACCAAAUGAUUUUUAAUCGCUGUAAUCCUAAUGAGGGAACAUUCAAUGCCAUUGCUGUGCUGUGCAAGCAGGGAAAGGUGCAAGAAGCUUUCUCCUUAAUCCAAAGCUUGGGCAAUAAACAAAAUUUCUCCAUCCACGAAUUCUACAAAGGUGUGAUCUCAUGCUUGAGUAGAAAGGGGAACACGUAUCCAGCAUUUCAGCUUUUGUAUGAGAUGACUAAGUAUGGAUUUACUCCUGAUUCUUACACUCAUUCAUCUCUGAUUAGGGGGUUGUGCAUUGAAGGAAUGUUAUAUGAAGCUAUGGAGAUAUUCAAGUUAUUGGAAGAAGAUCAUUAUAGGCCUGAUGUUGACAAUUUCAAUGCUCUUAUACUAGGAUUCUGUAAAUCUCACAGAACAGACUUGUCCCUGGAAGUUUUUGAGAUGAUGAUUGAGAAGGGGUACAUGCCUAGUGAAACAACUUAUGCUAUUAUCGUAGAAGGAAUUAUCCAUGAAGAAGAAAAGGGAUUGGCAGCAGAAGUUUUAAAAGAGUUGCAUCUGAAACAAGUGAUGAGUCAAAAUACAGUUGAACGACUUUGUAUGCAAUAUGACCUUGAAGGUGUACCAGUUUGAGACCAUGUGCAUUUGCCAGUAUACAAAGAAUAACCAUGAUGAUCAUAGAUUGAGGAUCCUAACUGGAAUUCCUCUUUAUAUUGCGACUCGUCAGACUGAGAGGCAUGCAAAAUAAGGAAAGUUUUGGACUGAUGAUCAAGGAGUGGCUUCACUGCAACAUCUGAAAUUUAUUCAAAAUUUCCUAAGGUCAGGAUGGGGAUGAUACAAGAUUUCUGUUUGCUUCAGUUUUAUAGGUUGGCUGACUAUCGUGUGGAGAGCUUGGCUCUCAAAUGUAAUCUGUGGCAUAAAUUGAUAGAUUUUGCAUUCUCAAAUGUGAUUUGCUGUGACAUAUAAUUUAUUAGUUUUAAUAUCUUAAAUGAUUUGCAACACAUCAUUC